UGAAAUCAAUAAAAAUAUAUUUUUUUUAAAAAAAGACAUUUGACUUCUGAAAUGAACCAUCGGCCCUGGUCUUUGUCCAAGUCUUCUGACUGGGGUCUUAGCUGUAAAGACAGGGCCUAAGGCAGUGUGGGUACCACCCCAGCUCUUCCCUCCAUCACUGUGGGCUCUGUGUGUGGCCCUGCCUCUUUGGUCUGGGAGGCCCCACUGGCCCCUCUACUUCUGUCAUCCUGCAUGUGUGUGAGUCCCUCCUGAUUUUGGAAGUGGUUUAUUUGGUUCUAAUUAGGCAGAAAACUAGGCAACGUGACCAACAGGUUUGUCAAGAGGAGAUUGAUGGGUUUCUGAGGAACCUAAAGACUGAGUAGUCAGACUUCCUGAGCUGAGGCCCAGAGGCAGUGAGGGACUCACCCAAGGUCUCACAGUCAGUUAGCAGCACCAGGAGACCAAGGGAACAAGACCUCAGGAGGCAGUUCUGUCUGUGCAACCCACCCACUUCAUGAGUUGCUGGGAUGGGAAAGUUGGGCAUGUGAAGAUCACCUGUGGAAUGUGCUCUGCUCAGUAGAACUCUGACGUGGCCCCCUUGGUGCAGGAGCUGGGCACACAGGGUGCCCAUUCACAAUGAUGAGGUGCUGUUCCUGGCACACAGCAGGCUCAGGCCUUCUGGGCUGCUCAUUUGGUGCAAUUUAUGGGAAAGCCAGCUCUUGCUGACAUGGCAAAUUUGGUUUGCUCUUGGCCCCCUGCCCUGCCCAUUUUAGUGUGCCCCUGGCCUCCAUGGAAAUAUGUCCAGGACUUGCCAACUAGCAGCAGAGCCCAGCUGCUCAGUCCUGGCCAUGGAGGGGCCCAGAGGGUGGCAGACCCCUAAGAGGGAGGCUGCUCUGCCUCAGAACUGUGAUAGCAGAGCCAGGGCCCCUGCUUCUCAUCAUACCAGCUUGCCUGAGACUCCAACUCCUCUCUUGAGGCCCAAGAGGCUGGCUGUAGCAGAUCAGGGCUGUGACUAAACCCAUGACGCAGGCCUUCCAUCUCCCUGCAGCUCUGGGCCAGUCCCAACCUGGAGAACUGGUUUCUUCACUCCCAGGCCUUCCGGGAGCAAAGAGCCUUCACGGUGCUAAAGGCAUCAGAGGCUACCACAGCCCACCCCUCACUGGCCACAGGAGGGCAACACCUGGCUGAAGGGCAGAGAGGAAGCAAGGAGGGAGAUCAGGGCUAGAAGACAGAGAGAGGAAGAGAAAGCAGAGCACAGGACGUCCCCUGCUUCCCAAACACAGCAGCAAGCCCUUACCAGACCCCCACCCUUGCCUGGUCCCCAAGGGGCCACUAAGAGUUGGCAGUGGGGCCCUGGGCUUUCCUCACUGGAGAUGGAGCCAACUCUUGCACACCGCCAGGCCAUGCUUUUACUGGUUGAGGACCACCCACAGUCCCCUCUCUCAAUGAGGACAGAUUGAGAGUUACUGCUCCUGUUCAACUGGCCUGAGGUCUUUGAUGUGCCAGGUAGUACCAGGCACUUGAAAGACAUUCAUGUAUUCUGUCCUCCUAGCAGUCAUGAAGGAUAAACUUUUUAAACUCCCAUUUUACAAAUAAGAACACUGAGGCAGCCCUAAGAGGUUAACUGACCAGUCCAAGGUCUGUCAGACAGUUACUGAGUACUGAGAGAGAUGGUCCAACUUCAAAACAGCUGUUUCCCCCAGUCCCUGCCCUUCCCCGGGUCCCUCCUUCUGAGUCCACUGGUGCUGACCUCCAGAGAGCCUGCUGUUUGUGUGGCAUUGUGAAGGCUCCCUCACUGCCACUCUCUCCCUCAUACUUUCUAUAGCCUGGAUUCUGGCCAUCAGAGCUAAGAGAGCUUGUAGUGUUCCCUCAUCAGCCAUCUCUCAAAGAGACAGCCCCUGGCAGCCUAUGCCUUGUUCUCCAGGUGAGUGACCCUGGACAGAUGUGUGGGUGUUCCACCUGGUGGUGGCAGAUCCAGGAAGUGCUCACUCUCUGGCCUCUACCUGCCACCCAGGACUCCACCAGCUCUUGCUUCCCAAUGCCCAAAGGACAGUCUGGAUAGUCUUGGGGUGCGAGGGACCACUGGUGACCCGAAAGCUAUUAUAAAUGCAUGAAGUGAUAGUCAUGUGCUUGCCUUUACCCCAGGGGCCCUGUUGAAUCAACUGAGAAGUGACCUGCAGAGCAGACACCAUGAGCAUCUCGGCUCUCGGAAGCAGCACCAAAGGGAAGCCUCUCUCAGCAGGCGAGGAGGAACGCAGUAACGUCCUCAGGCAGAUGAAGGUGCGAACCACUCUGAAGGGGGACAAGAGCUGGAUCACCAAACAGGAUGAAUCGGAGGGCCACACCCUAGAGCUGCCCUCUGGUCGGAGUCGUGCCACAUCUUUUUCAUCACCUGGGGAGAUCCCAAAGGCCAGACCUACAAGCACAAGGGCUUCCACUGGCUAUAUCAUCCGGGGAGUGUUCACCAAGCCCAUAGACAGUUCGUCCCAGCCUCAGCAGCACUUUCAUAAGGCCAACGGAGCUCCAAAAAGCAUGGCCAGUCUGGUGAGAGAAGCUCCCACUGGGCCUCUCCAUCCCUCCUCCUCUGGAUACAAGAUGACCACUGAGGACUACAAGAAGCUGGCACCCUACAACAUCAGGCGCAGCUCAGCCUCAGGGGAUGCUGGAGAGGAGGAUGUGCCCUUCUCUUCUGAUGAGCAGAAACGGAGGUCAGAAGCUGCAAGCAGUGUGGUGAGGAAGACAGCUCCCCGGGAGCGCUCCUACGUCCUGUCAGCGGCCAAGAAGAGUACCAGCCCUGUCCAGGAGAUGCAGGCCCCAUUCAUUGCAAAGAGGGUGGAAGUGGUGGAUGAGGACUGGCCUUCUGAGAAGAGGCAGGACCCACCUGCUCUGGCAAAAUCCCCUCCUGGCUCCAGCAGUGUGGACAGAGGCCGAGCCAAAGUGUCUCGUGCAAUUUGGAUUGAGCGCAUGCCGAGUCUGCUGAGCCCUGCCAGGAGCUUGGAGCCCAGCACAAGAGGUGAAGAGAUUGUCCGCCUACAGAUCAUGACGCCGGGGGCAGGACUCUGCCUGAUGGCCCCAGACCUGGAAGGAAUGAGGUCUUCCCUGGACUUCAAGGACAAGGGAACCUUCAGCUCCAGAGAGCCCAAGAGAGACUUGGCUGGUGAGGAGGCCCUUAAGGGCCCCAAUCCAGACUCUGAAAGCAGGUCAAGUGUACAGUCAAGGGAUAGCAACAUGGGAUCCAGAGCCAUAGGCUCCCCACCUGAAGUCUUGGCUGGAGCAGACAUCAGCUCUGGGAGAGAAGGGGUAUACUUAGCUGCUGGCUUCACCCCUCUCUUGGAUGAUGAGGAUGUGCAUGGUGCCCACUCUCAUCCUCACAAACGUGGACCAGCGGCCACCAGCUCUGGUGCCACUUUGGCUUCUGCUGUACCAGCUGACAGGAAAAGCAAUAGCCCAGCAGACAUGGAGGAGGCAAACUUGAAGAGCUCCUUGGCUGAUUUUGAGGAGAAGAAUGUGGUCACCAACCUGGGAGAGACCUGGCAGGAGAAGCCUGGAGCCCCAAAAGGUGGCCAGGGAGACCCAGCUGCACCCACACAGCAGCCCGAAGACCCCAGCACUCCAGAGCAUCAGAGCAGUCCCAGAAGACCCCAGCAGCUCAUGGAUUUGGAGAGCCAGGCCAGCAGCUCUUUGGCUGGUUUUGAGAAGAAUGUGGUCACCAACCUGGGAGAGACCUGGCAGGAGCAGCCUGAAGCCCCGAGAGGUGGCCAGGGAGACUCAGCUGCACCUACACAACAGCUUGAAGAGUUUAGCACUCCAGAGCAUCAGAGCAGCCCCAGAAGACCCCAGCAGUUCAUGGAUUUGGAGAGCCAGGCCAGCAGGAUGAGAAACCCCUCAAGCUGUAUGGUCACUGUCACAGUCACUGCUGCCUCCGAGCAGCCUUACAUUUACAUCCCAGCCUCCCCAAGUGAAUUGGACUCCAGCUCAACCAGCAAAGGGAUUCUCUUCAUGAAGGAGUACAUGAAUGCUAGUGAGGUAUCUUCUGGGAAGCUGGUGUCUUCACACCAGAGCAGCGUCAGCAGCACUGAGGACUCUUUCAACAUAGAGAAGAAACCCCCAUAUGACAGCAUGCCAUACUCUGAGAGAACAACUGGAGGAAUCUGUACUUACUGCAACAGAGAGAUCCGAGACUGUCCGAAGAUUACCCUCGAACAUCUUGGCAUCUGCUGCCAUGAUUAUUGCUUUAAGUGUGGGAUUUGCAAUAAACCAAUGGGUGAGCUCCUGGAUCAGAUCUUCAUUCACCGUGAUAUCAUCCACUGUGGGAAAUGCUAUGAGAAGCUCUUCUAGCUCCCUCAGGCUGAGAAGAAGCUAAGGACUCCUGGACAAGUUUGGUCGUCCCCAGUUGUCCCAAGUUGCUGGCUCC